AAACCAGGGGGACAAUGUUGUGUAUAUAAACACUGACACACAUCCAGUCUGUCACCACUGAGCCUCAGGGACGACUUCACCAGCUCAGCGAUCAGACAUGGCUCCAUGGGGUGACACCAAGCUCUUCUUCUGCAUCUUCUUCAUCAGCUGCUACUGCACAGUGACAUUAGCUCAGAUGCCCAUGGACUGCUGCCUGAGCGUCAGGAACAAGCCGAUAGAGCGACGGCUGAUCGUGGACUACAGUCAUCAGAUCAAAGGACACGGCUGCUCUAUCGAUGCCACCAUCCUGCUGACCAGACGCGGCCGGAGUCUCUGUGUUCCCGCCAAAGAACCCUGGGUCCACAAGGUGAUGAGCCACGUGGACCGCCUGAAGGAGCGCUGCAGGGGAAACUGCAAGAGCAAACGCUCGGCCAAAGGGAAGCAAGCUUGACCUCUGACCCCUUCAGUCCGCCUUGACGAAAGCAUUGGGCCGCUCCGAGUCAGGGAGGAAACGCAGUGACUCAAACCAACCUAAAUAAUAAAUCAUUAUAUUGAAAGUAAUUACUUCUUAUACUAAACAGCCAUUUCUCUAUUUUUGUACGUUUGUGUUGUUACAUACAUUUCUGUUUGAGUGGAAAAAAUAAAAAAUUGAGUUUUUAUAUAAUUUAAACUUUUUAUUUUAGCCAUUUUUGUUUGAGGAAAAAAAGGAAUGAGGAUAUAAAAUGUGAAUGAGUGAGUGUGUGUCUCAUCAAACUGUGAAGAAGUGAAGAGUGUUGGGAUGGAUUCAAAUGAUUGUUGAACAUUUUCAGAAUAAAACGAGUUUCCUGUCAA